AUGGCAGCGACAUCUUCAGCCCACGAUAUUUAUCACGGACCACGCACAUCCUCGUCAAGUCCAUUGUCCAUGCCGGUCCACCUCAACGCCACCGCCGCGGCCACGGCGCGCACCCAUCCAGCGCCUUCGAAUACUUCUUCAAAGGGCCCGAGCUCUGUGACAUCCAAACUGGCGGCGACAAGAGGGGCAUUGCCUCCAGUUCUGGAUCGGCAACACGUUGCAGGCCCUCUCGCAGCGCCAGCGCCCGUCCCUGACAGCGCGGGAGCACCCUCACCACCCGCGAACGCACCGGGCACGAUGCCCAUUGCCGCCGAGGAUGGGACGUUCGGAGUGCCCGAAAAUGUGCCAGCGAAUGCACCGGCCAAUCUUCCAGUAAACGCCCCAGCGAACGGACUAGCAAACGCUCCUGUAAAUGGACAGGUGAACGCUCCUGUGAAUGGACCAUCGAACGCUCCGGCGAAUGGACCAUCGAACGCUCCGGCGAAUGGACCAUCGAACGCUCCUGCGAAUGGACCGGCGAGCGCCCCUGCGAAUGGGCCACCAAAUGUGCCGUUGAAUGGGCCCGCGCAACCCGCGGAAGAGCCAGUCGAGGUGCCUAUCAACGAGAAGGAGAGACCUCAAUCGCCGUCGAACACACUCAUAAACGGACCAGAGAAGGUGCCUGUGAACGCGCCUUAUGUUGAAGAUGAAGCACCUAAAAGACCUUCAACUACUCCCAUCAAUGCACCUGCCAGGGCACCCGCAGCGGCACCACCGACUACGUCCAUUACAACUGAAAAUGAGGCGCCUCGGCUAUCAGCGCCUUCAAUGGCGAAGACACCUGUUGUGUCUCCUACUGCUGUCGUGGACGAUACAGCUCGACUGCCAGCCGAUACACACAGCAUCACUCCGGUGAGGGCACCGGCGAAGGAAUCUGCGAGCCUCCCGGGAUAUCCAUCACAAAGCAAACCAGGAAACGUGCCACCCGUCCCUCCAAUCGUUGUCGACAACGGCAUCGCGCUACAAUCCUCAGGCAUAGCAGCGACAAAGCCUUUUCCUACCGAAGCUAGGACACCGCCGGCGAAUGCAUCGACUACUAUCCCUCUCGCCGGCGACGACGUCCCAGUUUCGCCACUCACGAACGUGCCGGCAGUAACGCCUAUUGCCGCCGGCGGUGCACUGCCGUCACCACCGGGAGCUUCAACCUCAACAACGCGUGUUGUUGUUGAGGAGAUUCCGCCUGUUGUACUAACAAACUCAUCCACCGUCUCCUCAGCAGAGGCACCAUCGCGCCCCACAACUGUAGAAUUGCCCGGGAGCAAGUCAACAAGCAGUCUCUCAGGCGGCGAAGUGACGACUCCAACGGACUCGGCAACCCUUUCAUCGGGAGCAUCAGCUGUUCCGGGCUUGUCCGAAACCAUAGCACAGUCAGCCUCGUCUGCCCAGGAACAGUCCUCGCCAGCAUCCGUAACUAGCUCAACAAGCACGUCCGUCCCAACAUCGAGUGUCACGAGCACUCAAGCGACACCACAAGAGCCUGCGAAAUCGCCGACGCCAGACAGUUCUGUCUCACCUCCUGGAUCACCUACGCCAGAGACCUCUGAGCAGCCAACACCAGAGCCUGUGGCUCCCCCUAGGCAGACUGCUACGCUUAGCAAUGAUGAGCCUUUGCCCCAGUCUUCAGAGGCACCUAGACAGGAAUCCAGCCAGCGACCUGACAUCGAAGCCACGCAGGGUAACCAACCUCCGCAAAGACCGGCGCAAACCCCUGCCAAUAGUUCCUCUCGGACCCCGGCGAGCGACUCGAGUCCGGCAGUUGCGACGCAGCCUAGGCCCACACAAGGAACUGACCUCGGCACACAACCUAAGCCUCCUCAGAAUCCAGCAAUUUCGUCUACAGAUGUUGGAGCACCCACCCCUGUGUCCUCGAGCAGCAGUUCUACGGUGACACAGACAACGUUGCAAACUUUGACGGGAAGUACUGCAGACGGGGCGGCAGCGCCAAUCUCGACGAGCACGUCCAAUCCGAGCACCACCAGAACGAUCGACCCUUUCUCCGAAAACCAACCCCACGACAAUAACAACCCAACAGGCGACCACCAUGGAGGUGCGGGUAACCAUAGAGGCGGUGGCUCAGAUAUCGUUCCUCCCGCCACCAGCUCCACUUCUUCGUCCGGGGGAUUGUCGAAACAGAGUAUCAUCGGCAUAUCCGUUGGAGGGUUCGCGGCUCUUGCACUCAUUGCUCUCUUGAUAUGGGCAUGGCGAAAGAGAGCAGCUAAGAAGCGCAGGAGGAGUGAAAACGCACAAAUAGCCGAUCAGCUCUAUGGGAGCGCCAGUGAGAAGAAGGUUGCUGCAGCGGCGCCGGCGCCAAGUUGGGUAUUUGGACCACCAGCUGCGUGGCUGCCCCAUCGCGACAAUGUUGGACGCAGCAAUGAUGGAGGCUCAUCGCUCUAUACGGAGGCACCGGUGCCGGCCCAGAACGUUCAGCCUGCAAACCGCCAUCCGAUGUUGGGAAAGUUGACGCCCAACUUCGGCGCGGACUGGUGGCGGUGGCGCGCAGGCCCUGGCAACGGCUCGAAUACUCAGCAGCUGCCAGUCGAGGGCAACCAGAGAGCGGCCAUGCCGAGUGGCCAGCUGGAUGUUGGGGCCAAUCUGGGCUUCAGUCUUCAAGGCUCCGGGACAUUUGAUCCGUUUUCUGAUGCUCACGCUGCAUCUGCACCACAAGCCUACAUGCCAGCGCAGCCUCUCGAUAGAAGACUGCCGGCUGACCCCUUUGCUGACUCUGCCGCGGUACUGGGACCUUCGGUGCAUAGACGAAGCAAAAGCCGCAAAGGAUCAGUCACGUAUGCACCAACAAUCCCACCACGCGCGCGGGGUCGUUCGCUCAAUGCCACGACGGGAGGCUUCCAGAAUCCUCCACUUCAGCCGGCAUCUCGCGCGCACUCAAUGCACCGGGAAUCCACUCAGAGCGCGGAGUCAUUCUCGGAAAGGCGCAACAAGUUCCGGUCCGACCCGUUCGAUCUGGAGCUCCAGGGCGGCAUAAUGCCAUCAGCUACGGCGCUGGCACAAAUGCCACGCAACACGGCUGCCAGCUCGAUGUACAGUACACAGACACGCCAUGGAAGCCCCUCGUCGUCACGAUACACGAGUGGAGUGAGCGCCAGCGACGUGGGUGAGGCCGGCCCUGUCGGCGUCGCACCGGGGCGCAGGAGUGCCGACAGCCCAACACUGGCAGACAUGCCGCCGCCGCCGCCGCCGCCGAGGGCGAGGACGCGCCCACCAGGGGCGCAGGGAACUGCGGUAACUUCUCCAGGCAUGGCUGUGGGCCAGGCGUUGUAG